AAAUGCAGUGAUUAGAGUACACCGUUUCCAAGCACGGCGGCUUCUUCAUCGGGAUGUUCGGCAAAAAUGACACGGUGUAUGGUCUCGCCAUGUGCUCUGCGGACUACUCGCGUGCUGACUGCGGCGACUGCCUUGCUGCCACUGCUGGAAGCAACACCGGCAGCGGAAUGCCGAAUCGCUGCCCGGGUAGCACGACUGUCCUUGCCGUCUUCGACAAGUGCCUCGUCCGCUCUUCCAAUAUCAACUUCCUUGGUACUGCUCGAACUGAUAUAAUCUACAGAAGUUCAGCACCCUCCUCCUCAGCAAUGGUGUACAGCAGCAAGGUGGAGGACAGAUUGCAGCUCCUGACCGGUGAGGCAGCGGCUUCGCCCCAGCGGUUCGCGGCGAGCAGCAUGGCCGAUGAUCCUCCAUACGUGCUGAUGCAGAGCACUUGGGACUUGACGUCGGACAAGUGCAAGCAGUGCCUGGAUGUGCUAUUGGCGAAUGCGUCGGACUGGUUUUCUAGUACAGGACAAGGCAAGCACAAAACCUUUAGCUGCACCGUUAGGUACAGCAACACCAGCUUCAUGGUCCUGCCCUUCAGUAAUGGCGCUCCAGCUCCUUCAGCACCAUCGACCUUCAGUAAUGGCGCUCCAGCUCCUUCAGGAUCAUUGUUGCCACCCACGUCAUCAGUUUUUGCAUCGACAUCCCGACGAGUGAAGGAGGAUGUAGAGCUUAAGGAACAGAGCUGUCAAACGCUCACGACAGUGACGACACAAGUGUUUGUUCCAAAGUCAUUCACUUAUCAGGAAUUGGCACAUGCAAUAAGUGACUUCACGGAGACAAAAAAACUUGGAGAGGGUGGCUUUGGUGUUGUCUAUGAAGGUACAGUUCCGGGCAUAGAAGGGACUGUGGCGAUAAAAAAGAUUAAAUUGACGUGGUUAAAUGAAGUUCGAGGAAAAAGGGACUUCGAUAACGAGAUUAACAUUAUGAGCAAGCUGCACCAUAAGAACAUUUUACGUCUUCUUGGUUGGUGCGAUGAAGGUGAUCAUCUACUGCUUAUCUACGAAACAAUGAAGAAUGGUAACCUUGAGGACCAACUUUACCCUAAGAUCAAUGGUGCCACGGAUGCGCGAAUUAACGAUGUAACAUAUAGUGACACUGACAGAUCUUUAAAGAUAGAUUGGCCAGAAAGGCACAACGUACUAAUUGGAAUAGCCUCUGGUCUUGCAUACCUUCACACUGAAUGCCUCAAGUCCAUCGUGCAUAGGGAUAUAAGGCCAGGUAAUGUAUUGUUGGACAUGGACUUCAAUGCUAAACUGUCUGACUUUGGGCUGGUGAGGGAAAUCAGCCAUACCCAAACAUCGCACGAGACGAGCACUGUCAUCGGGAGUCGUUCAUACAUCGAACCAACAUUCGUGGAGACCGGCAAGGCAUGUGCACAAUCUGAUGUCUACAGCCUAGGAGUGAUGUUGCUUGAGAUUGUAUGUGGCGAGAAACCAAUAAUCCUCCAUGACGGCAAGAACAGCCUCAUUGAGAAGGUUCAGAGAUGCCAGGAGAGGAAUGCGAUUCUUGAGGCAGCUGACAAACGGCUCAAGGGUCGUCGGUUUGAUGAUGAGAUCACACGCGUGUUGGAGUUGGGGCUCAUGUGUGUCCACUCGGAUCGCCACCUUCGUCCACAUAUCCAAAGACUGAGGGAUUCCUUGACGCAGCUGACAGCAGGUCCAUGGCCUUCCGCCCCUAAUGGAAGUGGGGCGGAUGCCUCAAUCUCCAACAACCGUCAACCCCGUGCAGAUGAAGAGGCUGGCGUCACGUCUCUCCUCGUUCGAAGGCCUACCUUGUAGGUAGGCCCUUACAAGACAAAUGAAGUUCAUCUUGGAAGCUACUACCACUUCUCUAGAUUUUGUUGACCAUAUAAUCCUAUUUCGUAGUACAUUCAGAUGUAAGCUUUUAUCAUGUUAAAUUAUCUCCUAUGUUUUUAGU